CUGAGACUGACAACAAAAUUUCAUUGUCAUUUGAGACGUAAAUUAAUUUCAUUUAGAGCCUGCUGACAGAGUUCCAAGAUGUUUUCGUUUUUACAGCGAAUUUUAGACUGGUUUAAGAGUCUGUUUUGGAAAGAAGAAAUGGAAUUGACGUUAGUGGGACUGCAAUAUUCUGGGAAAACGACGUUCGUGAAUGUGAUAGCGUCUGGGCAGUUCAGUGAAGACAUGAUUCCCACAGUUGGUUUCAACAUGAGGAAAAUAACAAAGGGAAAUGUCACAAUAAAAUUAUGGGACAUAGGUGGUCAGCCAAGGUUCCGCAGCAUGUGGGAGAGAUAUUGUAGAGGGGUGAAUGCAAUUGUAUAUAUGGUGGAUGCUGCAGACCAUGAUAAACAUGAGGCAUCUCGUAAUGAGUUACACAACUUGUUGGACAAACCUCAGCUUUUGGGCAUUCCAGUUCUAGUCUUAGGAAACAAGAGAGAUUUACCCGGUGCGCUGGAUGAAAAGGAGCUUAUUGAGCGAAUGAACUUAUCAGCCAUUCAAGACAGAGAAAUAUGUUGUUAUUCUAUAUCCUGCAAAGAAAAAGAAAAUAUAGAUAUUACAUUACAGUGGCUCAUACAGCACUCAAAGGGGGGACGUUAACCAGUGACUGACUAUUUAGAGAACAAAUUACCUGUGUUCUUCUUUCAAGAACAAAACUAAAGAUAUGGAUGCCUGGAAGUGUGGCAUUGCUGCCACAAUCAUACCUGGAACAGUACUCUCAUGAUUUUAUUCGCUUACACAGUUUUGAGGUCCACCAGGGGCAUGAAGAGAAUGGACUCUUAAGUCAUGUUUAUUGUCAGAAUUCAGUAUUUGGCCAUUUGGACAUGUUACUGUUCGGAAUUGCCUAUGCUGAACAGGGCCUCCAGAUGUCACAUGGCCCACAGCCUGCCCCCAGAACUUCACCCUUCAGGUGAACUGUAAUGUUGUCUGUAUUUAUGUAUAUAUUAGCACUUUGUAUGUAAGGUUCAUUAGAGCCGACCUUAAUCAAAGCCGUAAUUAUAAUUAAUUGGAUGUACAUGUAACUGUUUAACAUCAUUUGAUCAUCUGACUGCCAUUUACUUAUUGUAGAUGCAAACAUUGUCAUACCUGUGACCAAUGCUUAUGUUUGUACAAAUGUUGAUGUCUGGUAGUAUAUUCAUGCUUAAAAUAGGACACACUGACUGAUGCUGAAGGAAAUUGCUUCAGUGUAGUGUUAUUUAACGUCUGUGGGUGUGUCAUGUCUUUAUGCCUUAACACUCAGAUGAUUUAUAAAGUUCUGCAGAUCAGUUGCCUAAAAGUCAGCUUCUGCAUGUAUAUUAUAGUAAAAUGCUAAAUUAGCAGCAAGCAGCUUUGUUCAAGUGUGCAGUUCAGGAAAUGCACAUUAAAGGUUGAUUGCUGUAGUUUUAUUAUGUGCUUGAGAAAUCAUAGUGUAUUCUUUUCCCAUAAAAGUAAAAGUGUUCCGUGAGAAAUGCAGUUUAAAUAAUUUCUGUCGUGAAUUUUUAUCAAGGGUAUUUCACGUUGUCAGGUAGUGCAUUUUUACUCACAUCCUCCAUAGCUGAUAACCAUCAAAACUGCAUUCGAUCAUUUUUAGCUAUGUGUGUGCUUGAAAGCCCCUCAGCGAUAUUUGCAUAGAAGUUUUAGAACAGUAAACACUAUGUUAAUCAAUUUCAUUCGGAUUAUUAGACUUAUUUAGAUCAUUGUUGAUGGAAGGUUAACCUUAAAAUGCCAUGGCGUUUUUCAGUCUCUUUUGGGGGUUGAAUUUGGAUAUUAUAGUCUUGAAUUCAAAAGCUUUCAGAUAAAUGUAUACUGUGAAACAGGGGACUUCAUUUUAAAUAUUGCACACAGUAAUUUGGAAGUCAUUAUAUGUGUAUGUAAAGAAGUGUCAGUAGUGGGCUUCAAAAAUACUGCCCAAAAGAUGUGGUUUUAAAAUGUCAGGAGGCUAUGUUCAGCCUUAUUACUUUCUUGAUGGUUGUUUGGUGGUUAAUUUCAGCAUGUGUGUUGCUUUGUAGAAGGUUAAAAAUGAUUUGGUCUUUCUCCAUUGACAUUCUUAACAAGAGAUGUACCAUCUCACUAAAGUGUACUGGAACCAUAGAAAUUUACACUUAGUUCAUAUUAAUAUUUUUCAAGUAAUACACUGUUUUGUACUUUAUAAAAUUCUUUAAGUUUGUAUGAUGAUUUGUGGAAGUGAAGCAGUGGAAUUCUGAGACCGUCUGUCUACAAGAGGCAGCAUUUCUUGCAGUUCAGAAAAUAGCAAUGCUUUGUUGUUCAAGUAGGCUGAGGGCACUGCUGUAGUGUUACAAGAUUUGCUUCCCUUGUUGUAGGUCUGAAGAACACCAUUGUACAGUAGAUAACCCUGAGGAACAAUAAUGAAAGAAGUUAUGUCGAAAUCAAAUUGGCAGUUUCAAUAUCAGUUUUUAUAUGACUAAAAGCACUUUGAUAAAAUUCAAUAGUGUGCAGAUGGGUGAAGCCAGAGGAGUGAUUGCAUGUGCGGAUCUCCAAAUUCCUUAAGAUUUAUAUUCAAAUGAAAUUGUGUUUUGUAUAACAUUUGUAUAAGGAAGUAAGACUUGGGAUUUAAUCUAGUGUGUGAGCAAACGAAGGAUGCUGAUAUGUUUGAGAAAGUGUGUUUGAUUUGAUGCACUGCUACUUUUCCUGAUAUUUACAGGUACGCAUACUCCUUAGCCCACAAGCUGUAAAUACAAAGCUGUAAGUCAUCCAUGUUCUUCCAAAUCUUUGGUCCUAGAACAAAUGUCAUAUACCAUUAAUUCUCCUUUCUCAACCAAAACAUCUUGUGUUUGUCAUUCAUAGUUGUUCUAUUGUAUUUUUUUUUCCUCAUGGCAUCUGCUAUAAUGGCCUGUGUGUAUUAGUAUGUGUUAUUUAUCACUUUGGGAGAUAAUGGCUUGUACAUUAAAUUACAAUUAAAAUUCCAACCUGAUCCAUCAAUUUUGAAAUAUCUUUAACCAAUUUAUAUUACUGCUUAUUGACAUCUAAGUUUCCUUUAAAUCUCAUACUCUUGAUAUGUCACUUUUGACACGUCAGAGAUUACCAGUAACAUUAUGUAUGACAUUGGUGAACUUGCUGAAGUUUCCUCACCGCUGGUAGUUUACCCAGCCCAUUCAAACAUCCCGGUUUCCUCCACCUAUGAAAAUUGACCAACAUAAAUUUGUAAGGCUGCAUUCACUGGUUCUGGUGGUGCGAUUAGGAAUUCAUGUAGUUUAACGAAAAUAAAAAACAUGCUCUACUUUGUGCAACUAUAGUAGUUGACAAAUUGCUUCAUCUGAAUGUCUUGCGAAACAGACUUCAAUUUUCAUUCCAUGUGUCGAUCAAGCCGAUUGAAAAAUUCUCCUGUAUCUCGAUGUAAUAAUAGAUGUAAUAAUUUGAAAAAAAAAAAUUGUUCUGCUGCCUGUACCAAGUUUUGAAAAUGUACUGACAUGGAAGCAAAUAUUGAAGGGCAGUUAGUCAAAAUUUUGCUUUUUAUAUACAGUGGGUAACCUGGGUAAUUUUGCAUAAGCAAUAUUUUGAGCAAAUUAGAGGUUCUUAGGAGUCUAGAUUCUCAAGAACGAAUGUGUUGUACUGUUUGUCUACUGUGUCGAUAUGACCCCCCCCCUCCUCUCAGCCCUCUCCUGUUACCAGUUUUCUAAGUGUUGAAUGGAACAAACAAAAUGGUUGAAACUCAAGUGGGACAAUGUGUCCCACUUUUCUAACAUUAAACAGGACGCCAUCUAAAAUGAUUGAUAAACUAAGAUACACUAAUCUGAAA